AUGAGUAUGGACGCUGGCGGUCUUGCUCAGAUGACUUUCAACUCUUCCUUCGAUAAUGGCGGUUCCCUCGGGGUUCCAGGCUCUGGGUUUGCUUCGCGCCGCAAAGGUUCUCAUAUCAAGCGUUUGAGCGUGCCACCCCAAAUUGCUACGAUCGAUGAGUCCCAGGCCUCUGCCUCAAUUUCUACUCCACGCACUAGUCGUUCUCAUCUCUUGGCUGGGUUACGCACUGCUCCCAAAUCUGCCACAAUUCCCUCCCAGCAACAACGGAAUGCAAUGGAGGGUGGAAGAUUCCCUGGUUUCCCUAGCCGAGGAGCUGAUCGAGUUCCACAAACUGCGACGGGAACCGGAUUUCCGCAGCAGAUGUACGCUAACCAGGGCAUGAACUCGCAUCAAUCUCAUCAGUCUCAUCAGCAGCACCAGUCUCAUCAGCAGCACCAGUCUCAUCAGCAGCACCAGUCUCAUCAAUCUCACCAGGCGCACCAAGCACAGCAGGCGCACCAAGCACAGCAGAAUCGCAUGGUGUACACUCUGCCAGAGCAGGUGCUUGCACCCCCAAUGCUUGAUAUUGGUGGUGACAUCCCCAUCGAUGAGAACAUGUACGCCGAAAUCAUGUCAACCAAUUUGUUCCUUGCUGCUCAGCAACAGCGCCUGCAGCAGCAAUUGAUCAGUGUCACUGCUGCGGCUCAGCAAUUCCAAGGUCUGAAUUUGGGCAUGUCUCUUCCUCAGCAACAGCAGAAUGCCUCCCUUCCCGGCAUGGGCUUCUAUCAGCAGCAGCUCCAGCAAGGCGUUCAGCCGAUUGUGCAGCCGGUUCCUGGUCAGCCUGGAAUGUUCUGCGUUUACAACCCUCUGACUGGCCAGCAAAGCUACCUCAUGGAUAACUCUCAGGAAGAUGGUUCGCCUCAGCCCUAUCAAGAUACCCGUUCCCAUGUUGGUCAGCAAGUGCCGCAAUUCCGUGCAGAGAUCUCUCCUCCCGCAGAAUCUGCGCAUUCGGUGAUGCAAUUCCCGCAACCCAUGUCACCUCCCACUGGCAGCCCCUCCCCGCCGCACGAGGCAUCUAUGAGCGCUCUUCGCCGCGGCCACCGGAAAACCCCUUCGUUCAACCCGGCCAUCAAGACUAAUAUCGAUACCAAUAAGGCCAACGUGGGGCAUGGUCCUCGGUCUGCUGCACUGCCGCCGACACCUGCCACUGGAACCUUUGGACCCGGUCAAGCUCGUGCUGGUGAGCACCCCAGCCGUCAGCCCCGUGGGCCUCCUUCGCUCGAGGAUCUUGUCGCAAAGCCCACUUCCCAGCACGAGGGAAGCAAGAACUUCGCGACUCGCCAACGCCGCCGUGCUGUUCACAACCUCGUUCGUGCGGGUAUUGAGCGUCGAGGUGACACACGGAGUCUUGGAUACCAUAGCAGCGGUGGUACCAACACUCCGGCAAGUGAGAAGGAGUUCACUUUCUCUGAUGGCGAUGAUGCCACCGUGCGCAGCGGCAGUCUCUCCAGCAAGCCCAGUCUAGGUAGCCUGCGUGCAGUGGCCAAUGGUGCUAUUGGAUCUGAGAGAAAGGAGAAGUCUGGUCGGGAGCGUGGCUCCCCAGACAGUCCCUUCCACAGCGUUACCCCAACCAGCGAGGAUGGUGGCUAUUUUGGGUCGAAGUUCGUGGAUGUUCGUGGGGAAUAUGCUCCCUCGCCUAGUGCCAGUGGCACCUCCUCGCCCUCGGUGGCGGCUGUUGUUGCUGGCCAGGGGCCGGUGGCUCAGGCACCAGAAAGGCGCAAGACGCCGAUGUUGGUGCUGUCCAGCGCUGAAAAGCGUAAGACCCCUUUCAUGUAA